AUGUAUUCAACAGUCCCAAUGGUGACAGUUUUGGCAUUAAUGGCUCUGAUGCCACUGCUCUCAGGGGCAGUGGACAUCCAUCAAGUGAGGCAAUUGGCAGCAAAAAACAAUGUGACUUGUGUUUUAGUCUUUGGAGACUCGAGUGUUGAUCCUGGCAAUAACAACCGCCUUCUGACGCCUAUGAAGGGCAACUUUCCUCCUUAUGGGCAGGACUUCUUUGACCGUCGCCCCACUGGAAGGUUCACCAAUGGAAAACUUGCCACUGACUUCAUAGCUGAGGCAAUUGGUUACACGAAGAUAAUUCCAGCCUUUCUUGAUCCUAAUCUGAAGCCGAUAUAUUUGCCACAUGGUGUUAGUUUUGCUUCUGCAGCCUCUGGUUAUGAUGACCUUACUGCCAAUCUCUCGAACGUGUUGCCGGUUUCCAAGCAGCUAGAGUACUUGAAGCAUUAUAAGCUCCAUCUGUCACGGUUGGUAGGUGCAAAGAAGGCACAAAACAUCGUAAGAAAUGCUAUAUUUGUUUUGAGUAUGGGCACAAAUGACUUUCUCCAGAACUACUAUCUGGAACCAACUCGCCCCAAGCAAUUCACAGUGGACCAGUACCAAAAUUUCUUGGCAUCAAGGAUGUUCGAGGACAUUAAGGAAAUGAAUAGACUGGGAGCCACAAGGGUGGUGGUUGUCGGCGUCCCUCCUUUGGGAUGCAUUCCACUUGUCAAGACGCUAACGGGCCAGAAUACUUGUGUGGAAAGCUAUAACCAAGCAGCCUUGUCAUUCAAUGCUAAGAUAAAAGAAAAGCUGGCCAUUCUCAAGAAAACUAUAGGGAUUAAAGAUGCAUAUGUUGAUUGCUAUGGUGUCAUACAAAAUGCAAUCAACAACCCAAAAAAUUUGGUUAGUACAAAUCGAAUAAGAGAAACUCUCCGUUUUUUAGGAUUGAUGGAAACUUCAAAGGGUUGCUGUGGAUCAGGAACUAUAGAAUAUGGGGACACAUGCAGAGGCAUGACCACAUGCGCUGAUCCAUCAAAAUAUGCAUUUUGGGAUGCUGUUCAUCCUACAGAAAAAAUGUACCGAAUUAUAGCUGAUAGGGCUAUACAAUCUCUUAAUGAAGCACUCAUAGACUAG